AUGAUCCCUGCAGUGAAAAGAAAUACUGUCCAGUUCUCUAGGCCGGGGCAGCCCCCUGAGCCUGAUGGAUUAAGUGGGGAGGGGACCUUCAGUGACUCUGAAUGCAAAGAAGCUGCUUCAGAAAAGAACAGCCACACACCUAGCCAGUCCCCAGGAGACCCCCUAAAGGACACAUCGGACUCCUCUGUCUCCUCUUACCACACUGCUCUGUGCUCAGAGGGGGCUGAGAGUUUUAAGGACUGCACGGAGUCUCUGGAAGACGAAGGGGACGCUCUGUUAACCCAGCCGCCUGAUGGUGACCCAGAUGAUGAAAGCGACCUGCAUUGCAAGAACAAAACUGCACCGGUGAGCCUUCCUGAACGGAGCCCGGCUGGCGUGAAAGGGUUCUGGCCAAGCGCUUCUGAGGACACAGCGGGGCAACUACAUGGGACGCUAAGCGAUUUUGACAAAGCCACAUGGGAGCUGCCUGAUAAGAACAGCAAAGAUGCUGGUGAUAUUUGUGCUGCUGCCUCUGCAGCCGUAGUUCAUUCAGCUUUAAAUAGAAGCCGGGCUUCAGGGGGGAGUUUAACAGCCACAGCUGAGAGGACCUUGAGCCCCCAGGCAGGCAGGGAGUGUGCCACAAGCAAUCAAGUUUGCAGAUACAGAGGCUACCUCAGUGCCAAGGAGAAGCAACAGGUUCAGAUGUCAAUCACAGGCCCUGCUAAGAAUAGCUCUGCUCCAGGGUACAGCAGCAGGAUGGGUCUAGCCACAAGAGAGCUGCAGCCUGGAGGCGGUGGGUCUAAAUAUUUGGAUCCACCUUUACGAUUCAAUGCACCGAAACCCAGGGAGAUGUUCCUCAAAGCGCGCAAUACGAAGGGCAGCAGAGCUCCUGUGAUUAGCAAGGCCUCCUACCCCCAGUAUUGCGCUGAGAACUCCAGCGCUGGGAGCGACUCCGAAGAGGCUGAUAAUGAAGUUCAGAAGCUCACUGCUCUGUCGUUCCGGAGCCUCUCGUGCCCUCACGGUGGUUCCCUACAUAUGUAUAGUUCUAGUAACAGGACAUCAUCUAGCUUGUCCAAUUCCUUGUCAGAAGACAGUAAUGGAAUGAACAGGUGGUCAACACGUAAUGAGCUGAGAAAAGCAGAGGUGGUCAGCCAGGCAAAGGGCAGCAGACAAUUCCCUGCUGGCAGCCAAGUUCCAGAAAAAGAUCCGCCCAGUUACUCAUUCGGGAAGGACCCGCUCAAGUGUGUUGAUGUGGCUUUGGAAAGUGCCGACGGCAAAAAGGGCCACUCCAAAAAGAGGACCGUGCCCAAGAGGCAGAUCCAGCUAAAGCAGAGAGACAGGAAUCAGAUGAGUUUCCUCAGAGCAGGGGACUGCACUGCUCAUCAGCCCUUUGCAGCACCCAGGAAUAACCCCUGCCUGAAGGGCAGGACCAUCAGCGAUGAAUUCAGGAUAAACUACAAACAGUUUAUGAGAACAGCGUCAUUAGACGACUCGUACAGCAAAACCAGGAUGGCCUCCUGCCUGGUGAAAAAUGUGCUGGCCAAGAAAAUGCAGUAUGAACAGAGGAUCAGAAUGGAGCAGAAAUCGAUGCAGGGCAGCUUGACUUCUUCUGUACCAUCCUCCGUAAGUACGGACCUUGUGGGGGAUUUCACGGAAGGGAAGUCAAGUUCUCUGUCCAAGUCCGACUGCAGCUGUUCAGCUGAAGAUCUGCAGAGUCAUUCAAUGAGUGAAAGGUCUGAGUCAAUGAGCCAAGAAAGUACAGAUGCCUUGCGGCCUACCAAAGGGGUAGUGCUGAACGAGCAGCAAAGGGAAAAUGUCUGCAAGCUGAAAAAGACAUUCAAUGAGCUGAAUGAAAGACUGAAGUCUCAAGAAGCCACCCAGUCCAAGCCACUCCCCAUCUUGGCAGAUGAUAUGAACGGGGAUUCAGGUGACAGCAGGAAGCAGGUUGCCAGAGAGAGGAAAGAAUACUGGAGAGCUCGUGCCCUGUUUGAAUCCAAGCAGGCUGAGGUGAAAGGCUUGGGUGUCACCCCGACGUUUUCCAAAGCACAAAAGCCAUGGCCCAGUUUGAAGCAGCGAGCUAUCAGCAAGAACGAACACGUGUCACGGAAAGAGGAGAAGGUCCCUUUCAAGCCAAAAAGCUUCGUGGUGCCCAGGGAUCCAGCCAGGAACAUCUUCACGUCCACAACGCAGGAGAUGAAACUGAUCCCACAUAGCAAACCCGAGCAGCAACAGAAGAUACUGAAUGUCUCCAGGCAGCUGACUCCGGAGGGAGGUGCUGAGGAGAAGAGGCCAGCAGCAGUGCAGAGCACCAAGCAUUCUGCUCUCAUUUUGCCCACUUCCUGCAGAUCACGCAGUGAUGAGAAAAGCAGACCCCCUGAAGCAUCAUGCACUCAGAAAGCCAAGAAGACAGAGAAUAAAGGGAAGGGGCGGAUACAUCAGCCCAGGGAUGUCAGAAAGUUAGUUAAGAACACCUAUAGCUUGUGCUUUAAAUCUUCAGACAGCUUCAAUAUAGACCAAGAAACCAACAGUGGGGAUAGUGUAAGCCUAUCAACAAAGGAGUCCACUGCAACCUCCCCUCUGUUUAUACACUGUACCUCGGUGUGUCGCAAAGAUGAUGUGCAAACAAAGACCCAUUCACAUGGAAAAAACCAGGAGCAGCCGCUGAACUUAGAUGUGUCAGCGGUUUCCAUACCAGAUCAGAGAGCGAGUGACCUGCAACACAGUGCCACUUUAAACCCCAUCACUAAGCCCCACGUGGAUGGACCUGCCAGUCUUACUGAAAGCAAAUGCACUGCAGUGAGUGAAUCUUCAAUGCACAUCACUCAAAUUCAGUCCAAGAAGAAGGUUGUAGCUGGGAAUGAAGAACCCCAACUAAAGCCUGAAAAUAAACAAGUGCAUUAUGAGAGGAGUGAGCUAAAUGUAACACCAUCUUCCAAAGCCACGAGGAAAGCACCUCAGAUGGAAUCCCAGCUUAAUAUCAAGGUCAACAGUUCUCUUUCCAAGCAUCCACAUAGAACACAAGCUGACCACUUCCCUGCUCCAACUUACUCCGCUUCGAAUGGAAGGGCUACGAAAGACUCAUUGACACAAGCUAAUUGCAACUCACUAGAAAAAAGUGAAGCUGUUCUGUUUCCAUCUUCAGCCUCUCCUAAGGACACCAAGAACCACACUGACAUCAAUCACAACACUGCCAGGCCAGGUCACAAGGAGUCUAAGUGGCCAUUUCAGAAGCAUUUAUCCACUGAGAUCAUCUCAUUGACACCUAGCAACAGUCAAGACUAUUCUGUCAGUCCAAAAGAAGAAAACAAGGUCUCCGAACCGACCAAGGAAGGCUACAGACAUCUACAGCCCAUAAAGUCAACAGUGACAAGUACCCAAACAUCCCACACAAACACACCAGCAAACAAUCAGUCUGCUAACAGUUCGCAUCAGCAGAAGGCCCAGAACAAAGUGUUUGAUGCCCCCAGGCCGUUGGAUAGCCAAGUGUUUGUGCCAGCAACCCGCAUGUCUCCAGAGUGUGCCAAUUCCAAUACCCCCUUGAGAUCAAAGGAAUACAGCGAAGGAACCAGACUACCAGGAGUUCCUUCUGCUGCACCAUCACCCCCAGCUGGAAAGCUCCAAGAUCAGAGGGAGAAUUGGGAUCACUUGAACACACAGCAGGCAGGAAACGAGCAAUAUUUCACAGCCACCCAUGCUGAGAAUGCCAACUAUUUAACGAUUCCUGUGAAAGCCCAGAAACCCGAAGCAGCUCCUAAGCCCUUGGUGCCCUCCCAUCCACACCACACUUUGGUCAGUUCCAACGUGUCCUUCCAGCCAGGCAGGGAAGCACCCAUGAGCACAAUGAGCAAUGAGUCUCCUCAGCCGAAAGCACCAGAGGGCAAGACAGCCGCGGACCACGCCGUGCAUGACCAGCCAAGCCAUGUCCAGCCCCACUGCAGAGUCAACGACUCACCCAAUUUCCUGAGGAGGAACAAUGGCAUUUCACCGGGUAGCAGAAGUGCCCCUAGCCCCACCAGGUCUUUUGCUCCCCAGCCCCAGGCUCACAGGAAAAUGCUCGUUGAUCCAGACAGCGGGAAGUGCUACUACAUGGAAUCUCCCAGACAGCCGCAGCUGAAAAUGCUCUAUGACCCAGAGACAGGCCAGUACCUUGAAGUGUUGAUACCACCAGUCCCCUUGGCAUCACAUAGUAGGCUUUACCCAACUCCUUUCAACCCACUGGUCAUGAAUCCAGGGGUUUAUGGACCGCCCUACAUACCAUAUCCGGGAUUCCCAGGGUUUCCUCCUCCUCCUGUGGCUGUGCCAUCCGUCCACCCCGAUCUGCCAAACCAACAGCCUGGUCAAGAAAAUACAAAUGUUACUGAAAUCUUCAGCCCUGGUCCAAAAGGCGAAGCUCCACCAGCUACUCAAGCCACCGACUGCAACUACAUGGAGAGUUUAUAUUAUAUUCCUACUGGGAUGAAUUCAAGUCCUAGCCCUAAUCAGUCUUUGUUCUCCCCAGCUGCAAGUUUCAGUCCUUCCAUGCCGGAGAAAGGGCCCUUGUUCCGGAUGUGA